CAUUAUUUACAUUGUUAUGAAAGCGAAGGCAGAAUUUUAUCUAUAUUUUUAACAAAUUACGGACAUUAUAAACUUCGGAUUUAUGUUUUAAGUAUCUCAUCGUGUUCUUUGGAUGUGUAAAUAUAGAUGAACUAUGGUUUUGUGUGCCGCCUUUGGCUGUAAUUCACUCUCGGGACGUGAUAAGGUGAAUUUUUUUCGCUUCCCAAAAGACAACAAACUUCGGAAAGUUUGGUGCAGUAGGAUCGGCCGUGCUAGCUGUGUUAAUAAAUUCAAGGUUUAUUCUCCAAAUAAAAACAGUCGGUUGUGUUCGCUACACUUUGAAGAGAACCAAUUUACACAUAGUUUAGCAUUUUUAGAGACAAUUGGUUUUGAGGGAAGAUUCAGGAGAAUAUUGAAGACCGAUGCUGUGCCCACCAUCUUUCCUGCUACUGUCAACAAACUUUCACAGGUGAAAGUGAGAGGAAGACAUUCUUCGGAAGUUGUGCUCGAAAAAAAGAGAAAAAAACAAAUCCUGUGUGAAGCCAAGAGCUCAAGCCACACUCUGACAGAAGUAGAUACUUCAUGCCCUGACACUCCAGAGCAGUCUUCAGUCUUCGAUGCCAAUGGACCUCUGAUAGCAACACCCAUACAACUGCCAACAAAUUUAGAAACCUUAGCAGCAGUUGCAUGCAACACCCAGGCCAUGCCAGUGCACCAUGUGUACCAUGCCCAGUGCCAGACACCAGCUUCGUGGAAUCGUGCAAAAGUUGAAGUAGCACUCAUAUCUUGUGGGACACAGACUGAUUGGGAAAGAGAUGUGCAAGCAGAUAGUGAUCUAAAAAUACCCAUGGCAUCAGCCAGCAUGUGUGAGGACAGCUUUCUAUCCAGCCUCAACCAUUCCCGGGAAGAUGAGAGCUGUGAUGUUACAUGGGAGCCAUCUGACGAUGAAGAUGAUGAUGAUGAUGACAGUGAUGAUGAUCAGAUGGAGUGGGAAGGCAGCCAAAGCCAGAUUACUGGCAGGAAGUUUAUUGUGUCGGAGUCCUGUUUGGACAAGCUUCUAAAUAAGUGCUCUAUUUGUAACAAGCCAGUUGUUGUGAAUAAGACUGUUAAAGGCUGUCUUCUUGUUUGUAGCAGGAUAUGUGAUAACUGUAAUGAAACUCAGACCUGGGAAAGCCAACCUACAAUAUGUGGGCUAGCUGAAGGUCAUUUGGACCUUUCAGCAGCCAUUAUGUUUUCAGGCAGUGCAACAGCUAAAUUUCUGAGGGCUUUAAGAUUUGCUGGCAUUUCAUGCUUUAAUGACAGCACUUUCUAUAAUAUUCAAAAACACUAUUUGAGUCCCUCAGUUGAACAUGUGUGGAAAGAACAUCAAACCCAGUUAACUAGUGAAAUUCGUGAUAAGGGAUUACCAAUUGUUAUUGGAGGUGAUGGGCGUUGCUGCUCACCAGGCCACACUGCUAAGUACGGCACUUACAGUGUUAUGGACCUGAACUCUGGGAAGAUUCUGGACAUUCAACUAGUUCAGAGUAAUGAGGUGAAAAAUUCCCAUGCUAUGGAGUUGGAGGGACUGCAGAGAUCCCUAACGUUUCUACGUCAUGAAUGUGGUCUUCAGGUCUCACACCUUGUGACAGACAGACACAGUUCAGUAAAGAAGUAUAUGCGAGAACAACAGCCAGAUAUCAUACAUUGGUUCGAUGUUUGGCAUGUCGCAAAAGGAAUCUACAAAAAGCUUGAAGCAGCAGGAAAGAAGAAAGGGUGUGAAAAGGUAAAAGCAUGGUCAAGGUCUGUGAGUAACCACCUUUAUUGGUGUGUGGCCAGCAGUGAUGGUGACGGCGAAAUGGUAAAGCAGAAGUGGCUGUCAAUGCUCAACCAUGUGGCCAACAUACAUGAGGGUCAUGGUGAUAAGUUCCCGAGGUGUGAACAUGGAGACCUUGAAGAUCGACUAUGGAUGAAAAAAGGUUUCAAGCCACAUGCAGAAUUAUCAAAGGUUGUGGAGAACAAGCUUUUGUUAACUGACAUUCAGAAACUUUCCCCAGCUCAGCAAACAUCUGAUUUAGAGGCUUUUCAUAAAGUCAUGUGCAGUUGGGCCCCAAAGUCUGUUCACUACAUGCAUACAUACAUGGAAUCAAGAUCUAAAGUGAGUGCACUCCACUUCAACGAAAAUGCCAAGAGGGAUGUGAGAAAGACGAAACAUGGAGUUGAGCAGUACAGCGUGUCUUACCCAAAAGGCAGGAAGGGUGAGCCUGUUGUCAAAGAUGUAAAAACUGAGCAAACGUUUGGGUAUGUUACUGCUUUGAUGGCACAUGCCAAAGAGCUUAGAGUAAGACACUCUUCUUACAGAAUAGCCUGUGAAAGGAAGGAAAUGAAGGCAAGACCAUUGCCAUUGGCACAAAGCACACCAAAAAGACUAGGUGUUUCUAAGGAGUUACUGGUGAAAAACCAUGUAAGCAGGUUCAACCGAUAAUUGAAGUGUUAUCUUAGAGUGGCUACGAAAUCAUUACCAACUAAAUCAAAAGCAGCAUAACAUUUGUUCCGGAAGAUUUGGUUCAAUAAUGUGCGAAAUAUUCAUGUGUGUUGAAUUUAAGAGAACUUUCAGAAUCAAAAUAUUUUACCAGUUACAAUUGUGUAACCCUUAAACAUCACUUAAAUUUAAUGUGCAUACCAGAAAUCUUGGAUCUAUGAUGUCUUGGAAAUAGUGUUUAUAGCAUUUUUUGUGUUUAUUUAUUGAAAACUGUGUUGACCAUGGUAAGCCUUACACCUGGUCUAAAAAUAGACAUUUACACUCCAUCAGUCAGCCUUAUUUAUAGACAUUCAUAUGACAAGAUACCUUAUUAGGGGUCACUGGUGCUGAAAAAAGUUUAUUUUUUUCGUUUAGCUCAUGUAGACUUUGUUAAUAUAGUCUUUGAUAUAUAACUUGGUAAUUUUUUUUCCUUGGGUUGACUUUAUUGUCAUUUGAUGUGUAUUGUGUUUAAUAUUUGUUUAGCCUUUCUCUGCAAGCAGUAGAAUUAAUAGCAAUGGCAUGCCAAGCUAAAUUUAUUUCUAACAAUAGGUCAUGACUGUCAACUUUAUAUGACUGUAAAUUGUCCUGAGCACAUCCCCCUUCUAUGAUCUCGAGUGAAUGAGUUAAACUUGUUUGCAAAUAGUUAAAGGCCCAUUAUGCCUCAGAAUAUUUACCAAUUUUAUUUCCCCAAAACCAUUCUUUUUGGUAUUUUACAGUUUUUCACAGUAAAGCUCAUUUGCCAUAUGCAUGGACUUUAUUUUGCACAAUUUAACACAUGUUUGACAUAUUUAAAUAAAUUUUUUUUAUUGAUUUCUGAGGCAUAAUGUUCCUUUAAUUUAAUAGACCCUGGCACAAAAAGGAUUUUCUUGUAUUGUACAGUGAACUGAAUAUAUAAAUGUAAAAUGUGCAGCUGGUGAAUUUCAUUGAUAGAUGUAUAUGGAAAUAAAUAUUAGUUACAGUUGAAUACCA